GGUCCUAGAAGCUAUAAUACUAAUCCAGGAGCCAAGUAGCACCCUAGCCUGUUCCUGCUCCAGUUGCUUGAUCGGUCCAAUGCAAAUGCCGUUCUGUUGGGACCGAAGCCCGGCGCAGGCGCCUGAGAACCAUAUCGCCAUCAAUGGAACAGUGGUCGUCUCCUGCCACUUUGGCCUGUCGGUCCCGGGGAAGACCACCACGCUUCGCCUCUUCAGCAGCACGCAGAUCGACCACAACACGGGGAAGGGAAGGCUGAGCGCGGAGGCGCCACUGCGGGGCGGCAAGAAGACCAACCACGGCCGCGGGAAGACAAGCACCAUGACGUACCAAGUGACACUCUUCGUUGACACGGAGUUUGGCACGCCGGGGGCCAUCGUCGUCAAGAACGGCCUCAAGAACGACCAGUUCUUCCUCCGCUACGUGCAGCUGGAGUUGCCCGAGGACCGGCGCAUCCACUUUGAGUGCAACUCCUGGGUCUUCCCCUACAAGAAGACCAACUCCGACGGCAUAUUCUUCAUCAACACGAGCUACCUGCCGGACAAGACGCCGGAGGCACUGCAGCUGCUGCGGGAGGAGGAGCUGAGGAGCCUGAGAGGGAACGGCCGAGGGGAGCGCAAGGACUGGGAGCGCAUCUACGAGUACGACUACUACAACGAUCUCGGCAACCCCGACAAGGAGGAUCACAUCCGGCCGGUGCUCGGCGGCACCGCCACAUACCCCUACCCGCGGCGCUGCCGCACCGGCCGCGCCCUCUUCAAGAAAGACGGCAUGACUGAGACGCGCAAGCACAUGAUCAACCUGGACUUCUAUAUCCCCCCGGAUGAGCGGUUCAACCCGAUGAAGCUGGCGGAGGUGCUGACGCUGGCGGUGCAGGCCGUGACGCAUUUCGUGAUCCCGGAGUCCAGGGCUCUGUUCCAUGGCAAUAUUAGCAGCUUCAAGUCCUUUGAUCAGCUGAGGAGGGACUUGUACAGCAAGCCUCAGCAGCCUGUCGUGGAGGGCGUCGUCAUGGACAAGCUCAAGACCUCGGUGCCGUCGCAGAAGACCUACAAGCAGGUGUCCAAGAUGGUCAGGGAGACGCCGGUCAAGUUCCCGAUCCCUCAAGUCAUUGAGCAUGAUCCAGAGGCGUGGAGGACCGAUGAAGAGUUCGCAAGGGAGAUGCUUGCAGGGCUCAACCCGGUUGUGAUCAAGAGAUUAGAUGUGUUCCCGCCAGUUAGCAGUGGAGGGAAGAAGAGUUCGAUUACUUCUGCUCAUAUCGAGGGUCAGCUUGAAGGACGAACUGUCGAAAAGGCAAUUGAACAGAAUAGGCUAUAUAUUCUGGACCACCAUGACUAUCUGAUGCCGUACCUGAGGCGCAUCAACACGUUGGGGGUGUGCAUCUACGCGUCGCGCACGCUGCUGUUCUUGAAGGAUGACAGCACCUUGAAGCCUGUGGUGAUAGAGCUGAGCCUGCCUAGUGACGACGGGGGUGAUGAUGAGAUCAGUAGGAUCUUCCUCCCUGCAAGCAAUGGGAUUGAUGGACAUCUGUGGCAGCUUGCUAAAGCCCAUGUUUCCGUCAAUGAUUCAGGCUACCAUCAGCUCAUCAGCCACUGGCUGUUCACUCAUGCGACAGUGGAGCCAUUCAUCAUCGCGACAAAGAGGCAGCUGAGCGCUAUGCACCCGGUCAACAAGCUCUUGGAACCACAUUUCAAGGACAAUAUGCAGAUCAACACCUUGGCCAGGAGCAUCCUCCUGAGUGCUGGAGGCAUACUUGAGAGGACCAUGUACCCGGGGAAGUACGCCAUGGAGAUGUCGUCGGCUAUCUACUCCGAAUGGAGGUUCACCGAGCAGUCCCUACCAAAUGAACUCAUCAAGAGGGGUGUGGCGUCCAAGGAUCCCAACGGAGGCGUGAUCCUGCACAUUGAGGACUGCCCUUACGCCGUGGACGGCCUAGACGUGUGGCGCGCCAUCGAGGCGCGGGUGCAGAGCUACUACACGCACUAGUCUCCAAGUUUUCUGAGCAAAUGUCCAAGGAGUUCGAGAUGAGUAUGAUGGGUGAGCUGCAGUUCUUCUUCGGGCUGCAGAUCAAGCAAACUCCUCAGGGCACGUUCGUCCA